AUGCAGAUACUUUUGUGCAAAAACUCUCUUUUUUCUGGUAUGUUUACUCUCUUCAUUCUUGCAAAACAUGUACAUAUUUUUGCUUACAGUAAAGUACGGUAGGACAAAGACAAACAGUACAAGGAGUCAGGUGGUCAACCAUUGCAUGAUAUCGCAUCACAUUCUCUGGGGCCCCCCACGUAAAAUAAGAAUAUAUUGAGGGACCAGUUUGAAAUAUCACCCAAAUUUUACCAAACCAGAAACCAGAAAGAAGGGUAGUGUCAGUGACUGUGCAAUCACAUUCUUUUUCAAUCAAGCCUCAACAACAUCUCUAAUCUCUCGCACUAGCUAUGAGUCUCUUUGGUCUGGGCAGAAACCAAAGGACAUUCCGCCCAAAGAAGAGUGCACCCUCUGGGAGUAAGGGGGCACAACUUAGAAAGCACAUUGAUGCCACCCUAGGAAGUGGAAACCUAAGGGAGGCUGUAAAACUUCCUACUGGGGAGGACUUGAAUGAGUGGCUUGCUGUCAACACUGUGGAUUUCUUCAACCAAGUGAAUUUGCUCUAUGGUACCCUCACAGAAUUCUGUACUAAUGAGAAUUGUCCAACAAUGACUGCAGGCCCUAAAUAUGAGUAUCGAUGGGCAGAUGGUGAAAAAAUCAAGAAACCUAUUGAGGUCUCUGCUCCAAGAUAUGUUGAACUCUUAAUGGACUGGAUUGAAGGCCAGCUUGAUAAUGAAUCUAUUUUUCCUCAAAAGCUUGGGGCACCCUUUCCUCCAAACUUCAAGGAUGUUGUGAAGACAAUAUUCAAAAGAUUGUUCCGUGUAUACGCCCACAUCUAUCACUCGCACUUUCAGAAAAUUGUAAGCCUCAAGGAGGAGGCCCAUCUAAAUACAUGCUUCAAGCAUUUUAUACUAUUUACUUGUGAAUUUGUGCUAAUUGACAGAAAGGAGCUGGCUCCACUUCAAGAGCUUAUAGAAUCCAUUAUUGUUCCUUACUAAAGGGGUCUGCAUACCUGGCAGAAGAUUAUAUACGAGGGAAACACAAUUAAAUAAAAUAAAAUAAAAACACCGGUCCUGACUGUAGAGUUUAUCCUAAAUUGCUUUAUAUUACAAAUUCCUGUGAAUGUGCUGUAUAAGUGUUUCUAUGCCAGCAAUUCUCACUUUUUUAAUUUUAUUCUUUCUCUUUGUGGAUCAAGAAAAUUCUAAGAGCGCAUGAGCAGUCAUCGGUGUCAAGACUGCGGUUGUGAAAAUGGCUGAAGGCCAUCAGCUGAUGUGUACGUAGCUUGAAAAACAUUUAAGUUGAAAUCCUGUGCGUUUGCUAUAUUCAUUGAUUUCUCAAAUUUUCACCUUGUGGACCAAGAAAAUGAAGCAGCCGAGCAACCCUUGGGGGGAGUGACUAUUUGCAAAAAUGGCAGAACAUGUUUUGAAUCGAUUUUGGUGGGUUUCAGAUGCCUCUCUGACUCCGGGUUUAUGGCCGACCUUUAAAUUAUUGGCCUUUCCAGGAUUCUGAGAAUCCACUAUUCAGUGUUGGCUUGGUUUCAACUUCCGCAUCUUCAGUGCUGUUGGUCUACUAUUUUCUUAAAGACUAGCAAAUUCAAAAUGCUUCUUGUUAUAUCAAACUUUUUGACAUGGCUAUGCCUAUUGUUUCUA